UAUGAAACUACUCUCUUGUGCUGUAAUGAAGUGAAGUGAGAAACUGAUGGACGUGCUUGUCCAUCUACACAAGAACCCUGGAAUCAUUAUUUACCUAUUGGGGUCUUAUACGUCGAGUUCCUAUCUCCAUCCAUCCAUUUUAUCCCUGCAUAACAUAUCCUAAAUCUCCUCCCACCCCUAGAAUCCUUUAUAAGGAUUUUUAUUUUCCCUGAGAAACCUUUAACGUCUUAGGCGUCUCCUUCCGUCUCGCAGCAAUCCUAGACGACUUUAAUUCAUUAUCAUCCCGUCCCGAACGCGAAGGACGACACCAUAGUAAUAUCUUUCCUAACUCCUACACCCUCGCCAACAUCACCAUAGAUUAUCAAAGUUUUAAUGGCUUAGUGUUUCACUCUCCUGCUACCAUUUCUGAUAUCGUUACAUCAAAAGGAACCUUUCAUUGCUCCUUUGUUAUUCCAUCCUUCACCCGCCGCCUCCAGUCGUCUGUGCUGUACAUCCAUUCAGUGUAGAAUGAGGACCUUCGUGACCAUCGUCAAGGCCAUCAUCACCCGCGCGCUUUUCGCCACACACGCCUUCAUCGCCGUCUGGAAGCUGGUGGACCUUAAGGGCGGGCAGGUGGCCUACUGGUAUAUGGUGGCGCCCCUCAUGCUGCAGGGCUUCGAGGGCAUCGUUUCCGUUUGUGCCAGGAACGGCGAGGAGAUGAAGUGGUUCUGUCCGUCCGUGUUCCUGUACUUGGUGUCCGUAGUGCCGCCAAUAUGGCUCAUGGAACUGGGACUCAACGACCUACGAUUCAAUUCUACUCAAGAGAUUAAAACAACUGACAAUAAAUUCUCGGAAAUUGGAGGACUUAAACUGGACUUAGCGUUGCCAAUCGAACAGUGGGUGCGUGUCUUGGAGCAGGUGUUGUUGGUAAUGCUGCUCGUAGGUCGCUGGCUACUGCCCAAGGGCAAGCUGACCCGGGAGCAGCUGUCACAGUUGUUGCUCGCCUACAUGGCCAUGGCCGCCGACAUCAUUGAGCUGUUUGAGUGCUUCAAGGAGGACGCUGUCACUCGCAACGUGGAGCUCAUCUACGCCACACUGGGCAUCUGGUCGUGGUCGCUGUUGCAGUUCACGUUGGUGCUGAGUGCUACCUAUGCUCCUAAGCCGCGUCCCUCCAUCAACUACCCGCCCCCUCAAGAGAUCACCCUGGAGAACACCAACCUCGUCAACUACUGCGACAGGGACGGCAGGAGGGCGAGCCAGGCCACCUGCGCUUACAACAUCAACCUCUACCUGGAUAUGGAUAUCAUCGCCAUCCUCACCACAGUGUUCAUGCAGGAUGGCCCCUUCUUCCUUCUGAGGAUGACGCUCAUCUUCGGCUACAAAGUGGUGAGUUACCUCAACAUUUUCUUCACCUGCAAGAACACACUGGUAGUGUCGCUGCAGCUCUACCGCCUCUUCGUCCUCUGCUCCAGGAAACGCCUCUUCAACAGAAAAAGGAGAGAACUUCUCAAUAAGCUUAGGACGCCCUCCGAGACGAGCGAGGAGGCUGAGAACACCAGCGUGGAGGAGUCAGUUAAGAUAGACCAGAACAAUGUCCCUCUUCCUCCACCUGACGACCUGGUCAUCGAUCAGGCCCUCGAGGAGUCCCUGCUGGAAAUUAUCGAACAAGUGGGAGAAGAAAACAUAAUAAAAGAACUGGAGAACUUGGUAGGUCUUCCCGCAGAACCUGAGACACAAACCGGAAAUUCGUUGACAAGUUUGCAUGAUGUGAACGAACGAGUGUCUACACAGGCAAGUAGGAAAGUGUCUAUGAUGUGUUCACAGCCAAAGUGUGAAGAGUGUGUGGAGGAGGACUACUCCCCACCAGACUCUGGCUUUCCGAACUGCAACAGUCCGCCCUCUAACUGCCGCAAGACUAUAAAAAGACAACAGAGUGUAUCAAAACGGAACCAGGAAUAUAUCAAGCGAAUGGAAAACCUUCAGAAUUAUUUUGAGGGCAGCGACUGUGCCAGCUACAGCGACACUGAUAUGCCUAACGAUCAGCGAGGCAUCAGCGUGUCGUCCACAAGUCUCGUGGAUCCUUACACAGACAAUCGGCGACACGGCUGGAACAUCAUCCGCGAGAGGUACCUGACCAACGAUCACCAGCAACAAGGUGAAUGGCGGGGCUCAUCCGUCCCCACGAGCUUACACCGAGACUCCUACCGGCAAGGCACUCAUCCUCCAGCCAUGACACCCUUCCUCCCUCACCUUGACUCCUACAGCCCUCAACCUCUCCGUCGAGGUAGACAGGCGACCAGUCUUAAGGUGGGAGGAGGUGGUGGUAGCAGAGUGUUACAGAGGUCGUCGAGUACCACUAUGGGCAGCAGCCUCCAUCGUCACCACAGCGUCUCGAUGAACGAGUACUUCCCCCACAAGUACACCUGUAUAUCUGAAUCUGACGCCGACACCCUCGAGACCAACGUGUGACAGGGAGAACAUAACAAGGAGUCCUAACUGUAAUAUGUUAACUUGAGGACUACCGACACAAUAUGACGAAGAACUUCCACCAGGUGUAUGAAUCAAAUGAACAGCUGUUAGAGAUAAUCGUUAAAUUUCUUCUUGAUUGUUAAAUAUCUAAGUCACGUUUAAACUCAGAGCUUUUGUUUUUUGUUUUUUAUCUUCACAGCGUGUAUGUGUCACAGACUGCUUUUGUCAACUGGGGUAAGUUAACAUGUAGGUUCUGGCAGCAUAAAGAAGCCAGGUUAACACAAAGACACCAGAGUGAAGAAUAAAAACACGUAUACUGUAUUCUAAUCUACUUCCCAGACUGUGUACUUAACUAUAGAAGCCACGUUUAUCUGUGUUAGCGACCAUUGACGCUGGUCAUACACACCGUGCUAGUUCUUACAUUAACAAGUGUUAGUAAAAUUAUAU